CGGUGUUUCGUUUCAGUCUUCGAGCCGCGACCCAUCCAAUGCUGCAACUCGCGCCGCCGCCUCGUCCUCCUCCGCCGCCGCCGCCUCCGCCGCCUCUCCGCCGCGAUCUUCCCCGGAAUUUCGACUUCUCCCUCCUCCUGAAUUGCCGGACCGUCCAGGAAACGAAGCAGGUCCACGCCUUGUCCCUCAAGACGGGUGCUUUCGAUCACCCCGCGGCGGCUUCCAAGCUCCUCGCCCUCUACGCCGGCCCCGAGAUCAACGACCUCCGCUACGCGCGCUCCGUGUUCGACCGAAUUCCCCAACCGGGGUUGCCCGCCUGGAACGUCGUCAUCAAGUGCUGCGUCGAGAACCGACGUUCCCAUGACGCGUUGUGCCUGUUCCGGGAGCUGGUUCGGGACUUAGCGCCCGACGGUUUCACGCUGCCGUGUGUGAUUAAGGGCUGCGCUCGGUUGAGUGCGGUCGAGGAGGGGAAGCAGGUUCAUGGGCUGGCUCUGAAGAUUGGGUUGGGUUCGGAUAAGUUUGUGGAGAGCAGCUUGGUUAGCAUGUACUCCAAGUGCGGUUGCAUUGGUUCCGCGAGGAAGGUUUUCGAUGGCAUGGAUGAUAAGGAUUUGGUCUGUUGGAAUGCUUUGAUCGAUGGGUAUGCAAGGUGUGGGGAGAUUGAGCUUGCGCUGGAGGUGUUCGAUGAAAUGCCAGAGCGGGAUUCUUUCUCGUGGACGGUUCUGGUCGAUGGCCUUUCGAAAUGUGGGAAGGUUGAGGCUGCUAGAGAAAUAUUCGAAAAAAUGCCAAGUAGGAGUUUGGUCACUUGGAAUGCGAUGAUCAACGGGUACAUGAAAUCGGGCAAUUUCAAUUCGGCUCGUGAUUUGUUCGACGAAAUGCGCGCGAGAGAUUUAAUUACGUGGAAUUCGAUGAUCGCAGGAUAUGACUUGAAUGGGCGGUUUGAGGAAGCUCUAGACAUGUUUAACUCCCUGAUAAAAGAAGGUUUCAUACCUAAUCAUGCUACUCUAGUUAGUGCUCUUUCUUCAGUUUCCGGAUUGGCAACUCUUAGUACGGGAAGCUGCAUUCACUCUUACAUGGUGAAGAAUGAACAUCCAUUAGAUGGUGUUCUCGGUACUUUGCUCAUAGAGAUGUAUUCGAAAUGUGGGAGCAUUGAGAAUGCUCUGGCUAUUUUUCACUCAACAUCGAAGAAGAAGUUGGGCCAUUGGACUGCCAUCAUUGUAGGAUUGGGAAUGCACGGCAUGGCCAGUCCCGCUCUUCAACUAUUUGCUGAAAUGCGCAAAGCCGGAAUUAAGCCCAAUGCCAUAACCUUUGUUGGAGUAAUAAAUGCUUGUAAUCAUGCAGGUUUGGUUGAUCAUGGACGCCAUUAUUUUGAAAUGAUGGAGAAAGAAUACGGGAUUAAACCAACAAUGGAACACUAUGGUUGCUUGGUGGAUCUAUUAUGCCGAGCUGGGCGUGUGAAAGAGGCAAAGUAUGUGAUCAACACCAUGCCCAUGAAACCCAACAAGGUAAUGUGGAUGAGCUUACUUAGUGGUUCCCGAAUACAAGGAAACCAAAAAGUCGGCGAAUAUGCAGCACGACAUCUGAUUGACUUGGCUCCGGAAACUAUGGGAUGUUAUAUUGUUCUCUCGAACAUAUAUGCCGCUGCAGGUCAGUGGGACAAAGUUUCACAAGUUAGAGAAAUGAUGAAGAAGAAAGGAAUUAGGAAAGAGCCUGGUUGUAGUUCGAUUGAGCACAAGGGAAUGCUUCAUGAGUUUCUUGUGGGUGAUAAGUCACAUCCGCAGAUGGAACAAAUAUACUCUAAGUUGACUGAAAUGAGAGAGAGAUUGAAAUUGGCAGGGCAUGUGCCCGAUACUUCCCAAGUUCUUCUCUGCAUUGAAGAGGAGGAGGAGAAGGAAGCUGAGUUGGAGAACCAUAGUGAAAGACUGGCCAUUGCUUUUGGUCUCAUAAAUGUACACCCCGGAAGUCCAAUUCGUAUCAUGAAGAACCUUCGUGUUUGUAACGAUUGUCAUUCUGUAACUAAGCUACUUUCCCAUAUCUAUGAUCGAGAAAUCAUCGUGAGAGAUAAUAGCCGUUUCCAUAAUUUCAAAAGUGGAUCAUGUUCCUGCAAUGAUUUCUGGUGAUUAAACCAUUUCUGUGUUAUUUUGAUCACUUGGGUAGCUUCUGCUGGUAUUUUCAGAAAGAAGCAACUUGAUACCAUAGUAACUCGCAGAUAAUGCCUGCACCAACUUCUGAAUAAUCAGACUGGGGUUCCUCGGAGAUAGAGAUGUCAUAUAACAAUUUAAACAAGACAAUCACUCCAAAGUGUAUAUUUUCUUGAUGCACAAUAGAACUGAAAGUCUGGUAAUACAUUGUCUCACAAGCAUCUUCUGACCAGAAAAGUUACAUCAGUUCUAAUGAGGCCCCAACAAAACAAGUUCCAGGAAACCAAGAUCGUUUUACACUUCAGCAAGCACUAAAUUCAAAUUCAUUUUCCAGGGACAAAGUUGGUGGCGUAAGCCCAAGCAUUGUUGGAUGUGGGGUCGGCAAGGUGGUCGAAGAGGUUCUCGAUCGGGCCCUUUCCAGUUACAAUGGCCUGAACAAAGAAUCCAAACAUCGAGAACAUUGCAAGCCUUCCAUUCUUGAUCUCCUUCACCUUCAACUCUGCGAAUGCAUCGGGGUCAUCUGCCAAUCCUAGAGGGUCGAAUGCUCCACCAGGGUAAAGUGGGUCAAGGCCUUCGCCAAGAGGUCCUCCUCCAACCCUGUAUCCUUCGAUUAAUCCCAUGAGCACAACCUAACAGCAGAAGAAGCAACAUAAGUUGACCAAUAACCAAGUUUCGCUUCUGCGGCGAGUAAAUAGUGAAGUAUUAUACAUCUAUUUUUCUUCUAAUUAUAUAGAAGCAAUAUGCUUGAAUGUUGUACUCACUCUCAAAUACUUAAAUCAUUUAAACAAACCUUGGUAGCUGUUAUGCCUAAUUUGUGUUGGAAUGAAUCUCAUUGAACAUGAGAAAAGAUUGUGUCAUAAUAUAGGAUGCAUUUGUUGGAGACUUGAUUUUAUUAUCUAGUGAAUAUAAUCACUUAAGCAUGAUACAGCCAAUCAUACCUGGCAGGCCCAGAUGGCAAGGAUGCUCUGUGCAUGGAUGAGGUUGGGAUUGCCCAAGUAGUCAAGACCGCCUUCAGAGAAGAUCUGCGCUCCAGCCUUGAACCAGAUGGCCUCGCCGAACUUGACACCGUUCCUCGAGAGGAUCUCGGGGAAGACGCACCCGAGAGCACCGAGCAUGGCCCACCUGCAGUGGAUGACUUCGAGCUCACGGUUCUUGGCGAACGUCUCGGGGUCCGCAGAUAAACCGGCAGUGUCCCAGCCAUAGUCGCCGGGGAAUUCACCAGUCAAGUAGGAUGGAGUCUGCUCCGAGAAAGGGCCCAAGUAUUUGGGGCGGUCCGGUCCGUACCUGUCGAUAAAAUUGCGAAUUCACUUGGGUAAGAAUUCAUUGCUGACCGACUCCCUACAUGAAAGUGAAGUCACUGUCCUGGAAGAAAUGAUCUUUCUUCUUGAGAGUUUCUUGGGAGAUCAAGUUCGUGCUUUAUCCGUAAAUGGACAUGUUAAGAGUUUACUUUAAAUGGUACACAAAAAUUUGAUUAGCUACGUGUUGAUGUAGCUGUUACCCCUUUGCUUGUUUUCACUUUUCUGAAAUGGUGCGAUCAAGCAAAGCUUAGCUUAGUCCAAUAAAGCACCGAAAUCAAGCAAGAGCGUCAAGACACUCACCAAAUGCUCUGGGGAGUGCUCUUGAUAGUGCGACGCAUGGUGGCGCGGCCGCCGGCGAAGUUGCCGGCCUUGCGGACGAGCUCAUUGGACUGCUUCAAGGCGGUCUGGCCGGCGAAUGCAGACUGCUGGAUCACGGUGGUGGCCAUUUCCUCUUCACGGAGAGACUCUGUUACUUGGGCUUCGGGAUCGAAAUGGCUAAAACAAGCAGGUGGUGCGGAUGCUAGGAGGAGAGCAAAGGGGGGUUAUAUCGGGGCAUGAGAAGAUUUCCUGGAUCAGGUUAUGUACACGUCAGCACCGUCCCAUUGGUCCUGAGGUCGGAUUCGGAUUUCCCCCUUCUGAUUUUCCCGAGGACAGAGUGGAUGGUCUUCCGCCACGUGGACUGUGGGAGAUCCUGUGUGAACGUUUCGAGUGGGAUUGCUAGAGUUAAUUUCCGAGUCAGAUUCAGGGCCACCAGAAUACACUAAAGAUCUAAUUUAUCCGCAAUUACUUUAUAUCGUGAUGAAAUUGACUUUCCUCAUCGCUGGAUAUGGCUCAUCUCAUCUAGAAGUAUAUUUUGCUUCA